AUGGCCGACACGGAGGAGAACGACCUGCAGCCACUAACUCCGGCCAGCCGCCUCUUCCUUCAGCCGCUGACGAACCAGGUCAUCAACUGCGCCGUCGCCUGUGACCACCCAAUCGACCCCGCCGCCCUGAAAUCGGAGAUCCAAAACUCCGCCAUCCUCACCCACCCGAGGUUCUGCAGCCUCCUCGUGACCGACACGCGCGGCCGCCACCACUGGCGCCAGACCCGCGUCGACCUCGGCCGCCACGUCAUCGUCCGUCCGGAUCCCGUCUCCUCCGUCAACGGGUACGUCGCGGACCUCGCGGUCUCGUCCCCGCUCGCCGCCGACAAGCCCCUGUGGGAGGUCCACGUGUUGGGCAGGGCGGCGGUUUUCCGUGUGCACCACGCGCUAGGGGACGGGGCCUCGCUGAUGUCUGUGCUGACGUCGUGCUGCCGGAGGGCGGACGGUGGCGUCCCGGCUCGGUCGCCGGAGAUUGUUGCCGCCGCCGCCGGCGGGAGGGGGUGGAGGUUUUGGACGGCGGUUAGGGUGGUGUGGUUGAGCUUGGUUUAUGUUGUGGAGUUUGUUUUGAGGGUGGUGUGGUUGAGGGAUGGGGCCACGGUGGUUAGUGGCGGGGAUGGGGUGGAGCUGUGGCCGAGGAAGCUGGCCACGGCGAGGUUCCGGUUGGAAGAUAUGAAGGCCGUGAAAGGGGCUGUCGAUGGGUCGACAAUUAACGACGUUCUUUUUGGGAUAAUCUCAAGCGGUCUCUCCAGGUACUUGGACAUGAGAUCAACCAUAGCUCUAAGAGAAGGGGAGCAGAUCACAGGCGUGGCCAUGGUCAAUUUGAGAAAACAACAAGGAUUGCAGUUUACGAGCAUUCUCAAUCACCGACUUGUUUGCAACUCGACUUUUACGAUCUCAAACGUAAUCGGGCCCCGCGAAAAGGUCACGCUUGCCGGCAAUCCGGUUAAGUACAUUAGGGUGACUUCUAGCAGCUUGCCUCAUCUUGGAUGGCUUCCUUCUCGAUGGUAG